AUGAAGGUAACCACUUUCACUGUCUUGGUCUUUACUAUUCUUUCUGUCAGUCAUGCCGCAGUACCUCCAGCCGGUGGUGGUGCUAAGCCCGUCUUACCACCACUCGCCGAUGCUGUAACGGAAGAACUACAAGUUUACGACGGUGAAUGCUUGAUGGCAGACCAGAAAACCUCGACGUACGGGAUAUGCGUGGCUCAGGGUAAAAGCCUACCAGCUAGUCCGGCUAAACCUAAAAACAACAAAAUUGACUUACGAUGGGGAUGUGACGCUGCAUGGCCCUGCCGAGAAAGCAAGAAUGCCUGCAAAAUUCGCAAAUUUAGAAACCAUCUCAACGGCAAUACGAUCUGGAACGCGAGGUGCCAUUGA